AUGCCUGGACUGCUCUUACUCACGGGCCCUCGGCCGAACGACCAAGACCACUGCUGUCUGCACUCCACCGCGGCUGCUCUCUGGCUGGCUUCCCCUCUGCUGCCUGGACUCUGCGCUCAGACCGUAAGUGUGCCCUGGCACUGCUGCCGCCUCCUCCCUCCGUGCUGCUGCCGCCUUGCGGAUGGGCCUGCCUGCCUCUCUCCACGCCUCCCCCUCUGCCCGUCUCUUCUCCCUGCCCACGCCUCCAACCUGCAGAUCCUUCCUGGCGCUUUCUGUGGGGCUCUGCUUGCUGCGCUCAGCACACGGGGAGCUUUGCACUGCUGUGGGCUGCUCUUAGCUGGCUGUGACCUCUGCACGUCUGUCUGUCUGUCUGUCUAUCUAUCUGUCUGGUUCUGUGUAUCUGGGAAGCGCCCUGUACGAAAACAUGGACAGGCAAAGGUUAGAACUGGACGGUCUCCCUUGAUGCCACAGCAGCUCCGCGAGGUCUGUUCCCUGGCCUCUUGCUAAAAGCUGUCUCCCCUGGGGAUGCUCACGGCUACCACCAAGGCUAUGUCUUCUUCUGGGUCUUAUGCUUUCAGGGUCCUGCUUUUUCUUCUUAUCGAGGGCAAGUGGCAGGAUGGGGUGCUUACGGAAGCAGCCGCGCCCCGAAACGGGCACCGUCCUUGUGCUUUUUCUUCCCACCUGCUUUGUGUUCCUUCGUAAUAACAUGCGCUCUUUCUCUCAGACGUUUUCUCCUAGUGCCACCAAAGAAGCCCCCCUGUCGCUGGGAGAACUCCUGAGCUGGUUUUCUGAGGUCAGCAAGUCCUGGAGGAGCUCAGCCGGAGGCCCCGAGGCGGCAGCAGAUGCGGCAGCCUUCCCUCCGCUGCUCUCGCCCACAAAGGUAACUGCGGGGCUCGAAAUCUCCUUCCACUUUGGGCGGUGAGCUUCUUGCGCUGGCUUCCGGGGGCUGAGGUGGUGCUGAAUGGAAGGCGGGCAGAGCUGCAGAGAGGGAGACCCAGAGAAGCUAGAAAUAGAAUAUGUAAGUGCCAAGAGUGCUGCCCACGGAUCUUGAGAAUGAGAACAGUGGCCCCCUGUUCUGGGGAAGAGCCACCCCCUUUCCCACUGAUUCUCUCCUCCUGAACCUCUGGGGCUCUGAGGCUGAUGGGCCACUGCUCUUCCCCCAGUCUCUGGCCGGCGGCCUCAGCCUCUUCUCCUCCUUGGACGGGUGUUCAGGGUCCGUCGCGUGCAGGGAGUGGCAGGCAGGCAGGCAGGCGGGGGUCAGAGGAGCCAGCGGGGCUGAGCAUGGCAGUGGCUUCCUGGCUUGAUGUGAUGGCAUCAUUGUCACGUGUGACUUCUUCUCUCUCAUCCCAUCCUGUUCUUUUUCUUCACUUUAUUUAGCGUUGCUGGAUGUCCAUUUCAACUUCCUUCCCAGUUGCCGCGGAUCUCGUCCCCCAGUGUUGGGGCAAGUGGGACAGCACUGAGGACCCAGGCAGACCCUUCCCCCUCCCUUUGCAGCCGCUGCGGAGCAGCUAG